AUGCAUUGUCAGGGAACGGGCAAUAUACUAAGUCUCUGUUCUGUAGUGGCAGUUAGGCAUGCGUCGGAUUCGUCUGUAUAUGUUCCCGGUGGGCCUGUGUACAAGGGAACCGUGAACGACCCCAUAACCUUCCCGCCGCCCUCAAGAUCAGCAGGUUCGUAUCACUGGGCAUUCGAACGCCUUUUGUCGGCUGGGCUCAUCCCUCUGACCGCCGCUGCGUUUGUCACGAGCGGUACCAAUUACCCUGUUCUCGAUGGUGUCCUAGGAGUCAGUUUGGUGAUGCAUAGUCACAUUGGGUUCAAUUCGGUCUUCGUUGACUACCUCCACAAGCGAAAAUUCCCGGUUCUUGGACCCAUCGUGACCUGGACUUUGAGAGCUGCGACUGUCGGUGCUCUCGCGGGAGUGUAUCAGUUCAACACGAACGAUAUUGGUCUGACGGAGCUUAUUGCUAAAGUUUGGACCGCAUAG